ACAAAACACUGAUGUACACCUAGCCUAGCCGUGCCGCAUGAAGACGGCAUAUCCUCAUAUGAACUUCUCCAUACAGACACCAGUACGUUGUACUCACAAUGAUGUAUCAACAAGAUACAGUCCCAUCUGCAGGCGAGCAGACGAUGGUCCAGCAUGUAGCAGGCGUCGCUGCAUGCACUUCUGCCGACGACGACGACGACGACGACAGGAGGCGGGGAUGCAUGCUACCUGCAGCAUCCCUGCCAUCGCAACGAGGACGGAUGCAGUUUGACGAAGGGAAAAAACGGAUGCACAAGUUCCCAAAACCCUUCGCCGGGAUCCGGCUCAUUGCAGGAGUCACGUGACCCGCGACGAAGAAAGCCCGGAACCAAGAUUGAGCACAACCAGGACAUCCGAGAAGGGAUGCAACCGCGUGGUCUGCUUCCACCGCUACCAACUCUUGCCUGCAUUCCUUUCUGCCGCGAGCAGUGCUCUGCUGCAUAUCUUUUCCGCAAAGGGCAGCUUGCUCUUUUUCUGCCAUGCUCAGGUUAUCGUUGAUGAGAGAAUUUACUCUCUCUGAUGACCGCCAAUUCAGACGGAUCAUUUCCCCUCACACCACAUGGUUCUCCGAGCUUCGACCAAUCCAGGAGGAUCAUUCCGAGACGGCGUAAGCGCUGCCACGUGAAUCAGGGCGGUCUUAAUGUUGAUGUGGCGGGAUUUAGGACCCUCAAAGCACAUCGUCGCCGCUAACUGCCACCAGUCGGAGUCUGCACGAAGACACUGGAGUCCUGGAACGCACUUGACUCAGAGACCGCUUUCUGGAGCCCGCUUAUUUCAACUUAUUUCAUCAGAUCAACUUUUCGCGGAGAUUACCAUGAACAUACUGUGGCGACUGGCUGUACAUCUUUUGCGGAAGAGAUUUUCAGAAGGAAAAUUUCUAAAAUCCUGAAGAAACGGGGGACACGAACUCUUUUUCCAAACUUAUCCUUGGACGGCGAAGAAGGUUGUUCAACAUGAUAUCGUCGGGAAAGUGCAGAGGGUGAGAGCAAGUAAAUGUCAAAAUUGAGUCUACCAGAGAUCCCUAUUUUAAAUCUUAAAAGGUUCAACAAUUUGGGAUGGAGUAAAAUAGGGGAGAAUAUUUCAGACUUAUACAGGUGGGCUGUAACGAACAGCUUCCGCUCCAAUGAAGAACCAACGUCAACAUCUACCUGAGCGUUGUCUACAAAACAACAGGCACACUCGCAUCACUAUUCCUAGAGGAGAGAGUCUUAGAACAUGCUUCUGAAACGUUAGAAGAACACACGUGCUUUUGGGAUGGAGUCACGUGUGGGAUGGAAGCACUACAUAUUGGACAGCUGCUUUCAGGCCACUACAACUGCAAAUCUAUUUUGAAAGUAUACUUCUCCCAUUCAAUAUUUCAAAAUUCUUACUUUUCCAUGAAGUCCACAAUCACACACUUGGUAACACCAAUAGGAGACACAUGGAAAACCCAUCAACUCACAUGGUCUUGAGAAUAUAUUGUUUUUCAAUACUAGAAAAUCAUUUGUGC